AUGGUUGCCGGAGCCUUUUUUGCAGGUGUCCCUCUACAGCAAAAAACCCUGAUAGUGGCUGCACUAUUCUACAUUUUCAAUGGCAUGAUUGGUGUCACUGUGGGAUAUCACCGUCUCUUUUCCCACAGAAGUUUCUGUGCUCACCCAAUACUGCAAUGGAUUUGUGCAUUCGCUGGAGCAGGAGCUUUUGAAGGCUCAGCUAAGUGGUGGUGCCGAAAUCAUCGUAUCCAUCACCGCUACGUUGAUACCCCAAAGGACCCCUAUGAUGCCACCCGUGGCUUUUUCUUCUCACACAUGGGCUGGAUGAUCAUGAAGCAAAAUUACGCUCUCCUUGGCAAAGUUGAUAUCAAUGAUUUCAAAUACAACAACAUCGUCCAGUUUCAGCACCGCCAUUUCUUCAAAAUGGCUAUGGUUUCUGGUAUCAUUCUUCCAACAUUGAUCUGUGGACUUGGAUGGGGUGAUUGGCUUGGAGGGUACUUCUACGCUGGGUUGGCGAAGAUGGUGUUUGUACAUCACUGCACUUUCUUCAUCAACAGUUUGGCCCACACGAAUCUCUUUGGUGCAGUGCAGAAUUACUCUGACCGUCACUCAUCUCAUGAUUCGAUGGUGUGUGCCCUCGUGACAUUCGGAGAGGGGUACCACAACUUCCACCACGAGUUUGCCCAGGACUAUCGUAAUGGCAUCAAGUGGUAUCACUUUGAUCCGACAAAGUGGACUAUCCGCACGUGUGAAUUCUUGCGGUUGGCCACGAACCUUGUGCGCACCCCCAAUGAUGUAAUUGAACGGAACCUGAACCAACUCCGACAGAAAAAACUCCUAAACCAAGUUGCAGGCGUUGAUAAACGAUUGAAAGAACUCGAACUCCCUGCAACGGAGGAGUAUACUUGGGGAGAUAUUGAGAGACUUGUAAGGGAAGGCCGAAGACUUAUUGUGAUCGGCGACAAUGUGAUCGAUGUGCAGAAGUCUGUUCCCAUUGGUUCGGGAUACACACACACGGACGAGAAAAUUGUUUGGUACAAUGCCCAUCCCGGAGGCAAAAAGCUUCUGGACAUGUAUGUGGGGAAGGACGCCACUGAUGUGUUUCAUGGGGGGAUAUACAAGCACUCGCUGGGCGCCGAAGGCAUUCUUCCCCACCUGCGGGUGGCCAAGCUAAGACGGAAUUGA